UCAAAUCUCUAGCAUCUUGUUUAUAUUUCAUCUCUUUCUUUUAAGUGAUACCAUUUAAAUAAAGACAAGUUUCUUUUUCUUCAUUCAAUUUUAAUAAAAUUAGUGAAAAUACAAGGUGUUGAGUGAAUUUCCCGAGGAGAAUGAUGUCUUUAAAGAAUUUAAUGUUUACUAGAAACGGUCGAGAAAUAUUUAGUGAAAUCCGAUGUCAAAUUAGUAAAAUUUGCGGCGUACCAAAUAGCGUUUCCAUUUCAAAUCAACACAAUAAAUUAGGUGUUAAAAUUUUAAAUUUACAGCAUGACAACUUACUAAAUGAAAACUCCUCCGUAUAUAGUAGUCACAAUAAUAUAAGAGUCCUCUCUACGAUCCAAACGGAAGUGAAACCCAUUAACAACAAUUCUUUUGUGUUCUCCAAAGAUGAGAGCCGAGAAUUCAUGGCGAUAUUUCCCGAUAUAGUAAGGGAUUUAACAGACGCCGGUCGACAUACAGAUAUUCCGGAGGUAACGAAGAGAUUCGCACACGUGUUACAAUACAACGUUCCAACGGGAAAAAAGACACGAGGUUUGUCUACUGUGAUCGCUUACAAGAUGUUAGAAAAACCGGAAAAUCUUACGCCCGAGAACAUUAGACUGGCGAACAUUUUAGGGUGGUGUGUAGAAUUGCUAAGGUCAUUUGAUGUUGUAGUAGAUGAUACGAUUGAUAACACACCAUCUUGGUACAAAAUCGAUUCCGUGGGUAAACAGGCCAUAGCGAAUAGCUGCUUACUGGAAAGCAGCGCAUACUAUUUACUGAAAGAGCAUUUUUCUAACCAUGAACACUACGUAUCUUUAGUUGAAUUUUUUCACGAUAUAGCAUUAAAUAAUGCAAUGGGAAAAUCUUUAGAAAGGGAUGUUAUGAGUACUAACGGAGAGAUGAACAAUUUUUCUAAAAUGACGAUGAAAAAUUACUCGUUAAUAGCCAAAUAUAAAAUGGGUUAUUUAAACCUACUUUUACCCGUAGCUUCCGCCAUGUAUCUCACUAAUGUGAUCGAUCCCGAAUUACACAGGCAAGCUAGAACUAUUUUAUUAGAGAUGGGACAGUAUUUCCAAGUUCAGAAGGACUUCUUGAACUGUUUUGGUAAAAACAAAAUAACCGACACGAUACGUUCGGAUAUAAACGAAGGAAAAUGCUCUUGGUUGGCCGUAGUAGCUCUGCAAAGAGUCAAUAACGAGCAAAGAAAAAUAAUGGAGACCUUUUAUGGAAAACCCGGAGACGAAGCUACUGAAGCUAUCAAAAAUUUGUAUAUACAGCUUAGCUUGCCUACUACUUACAAAAAACAUGAAGAACAGACUUACAAAAUAAUUCAAACACAUAUUCAACAAAUUUCAAAGGGUCUUCCUCACCAAUUGUUCUUUACACUCCUUGAUAACUUGUAUACUAUACUACAAGCAUAUUUCCUUAUAACUGACGACGUUAUGGACAAUUCAGAACUCCGUCGUGGCCAACCAUGUUGGUACAAGAACAAGGGUGUGGGUUUAAUAGCUAUAAACGAUGCUAUUCUCGUCGAAAAUAGCAUUUACUCAAUUUUGAGAAAAUAUAUUUCUCACCUUCCUUGUUACGUACCUAUCUUGGAACUCUUCCAUGACAUUACACUGAAAACAGCGAUGGGUCAAUCACUAGAUUGUCUUUGUACGGAAAAUGGAAAACCCAGACUGGACCAGUUUAUUAUGAAGAGAUAUAACGCUAUAGUAAAAUAUAAAACUGCCUAUUAUACUUUCCAAUUACCAGUUGCUGCUGCAAUGUAUUUAGCGAAUAUGUAUGAUGAAGAGCAGCACAGACAAGCGAAAACGAUUUUAUUGGAAAUGGGAGAAUUUUUUCAAAUUCAGGAUGAUUUCCUGGACACUUUCGGAGAUCCCGCUGUAACAGGCAAAAUAGGCACUGAUAUAAGAGACGGAAAAUGCAGCUGGCUAGCAGUAGUCGCCCUUCAACGAGCAACACCAUCACAAAAGCAAAUAAUGGAGGAACAUUACGGUCACGACGAUCAGCAAUCCGUCCAAUUAAUCAAACAAUUAUAUGAAGAAUUAGGUCUUCCUUCUACUUACUCGAUUUACGAAGAGGAAAGUUUUAAUAUCAUUAGAACACACAUUCAUCAGAUUUCGAAAGGACUGCCGCACGAUUUGUUUUUCAAAAUUUUAAAAAAAAUUUAUAAACGUGAUUGUUAAGAGAAUUAUCGAUAAUUUCCUACAAUACUAGUUGAGUGGUACGGCGAAUUUGUUAAAAAAUGAGACAUAAUGUAUUAUUUUUCUUGUUGUAACAGGAAUUAUCUGAGGUUGCAAAGAAAUUUCUUUUAAAUCAUUUGUAUAAAUUUUUACCCAGUACAACUUGAAAAACAUUACAUAUAUUUUUUAAUCAGCAGUUGUAAUUUGGGGUACUACUUGUACUAGUUUCCAUUCCACGGUUCAAUCCUAAAAUGAAGAUGUCUUAUUUCUACUUUAUCUGAAUUAUUUUAUUAUUUACUAGUAAUUGCAUUUUCUAAUUUCUAUGGACUAUAUACCGGAUAUAGGGUAAAGUAGGGUAAUACGCCUAAAAUUUCAAAAAUUUUUUCUUAAGAUUUAUUUCGAACCAAGUCAUAACGUAACACUUUAUUGUUUCAUAAUAACGAAGCUUUGUUAGAAUUUAACUUUUAACUAAAAAACAAUUCAUUUAUAUGAAAUUUAAAAAAUACUUUAGUGGAGGGUAUUAGCAUCCCCAUGCGUAAAUAAGCCUUAGGCGACAAAUUAUUUCUUACAGCCACAUCUGUUACACAUAUCAGCAUAUAAGGUACAGCUUUCGUGCAAUUGCUUACUGCAAAUUAUCCACCGAAUCCAGUCAUCCUUGGAUUUAGUUGAAUAAUAUCGCUCUCUACACUCAACACUGUAUCUGUAUCUUCAACGUCUGAAAUCUCCUCUGAAGAUUUGCAACGCAUAUUAACUGAUGAAUCGGAAGAGUAACAGACCUUAUUUUUCGCAGAGGAUUUCUUCCUUCACACUGGUUGUUAUAGCAGACGAGCCAGAUAAACUCAGUUCUAGUUCCAAAACAUCAUUCACUUUAGAUUUCUUCUUAUCCGAUAAGACUUGACGCUUGACUUUAUGUUUAGGUGAUGUUAGAUUUGUGGCACACUGCUUUCUCUUAGAUGUAUUGGUCGGUAUGGUUGGAAUAGGAUUAAGGUCUCUAAGAUAUUUGGAUGGAGUGUCCUUUUCUGUUGGGUUAGGCGUUUGGUCCUUUUCUGUUGAGUCAGGUGUCGAUUUAGGUAUUGGAUCAUUUGUUUGGGACUUAGGGUCUACUGUAUCAUUAAUUCCCAUUUCAGUUGCGUCAGAUAUAGAGAAGAUAUGGUCUGAAAUCAUUGAUCUGGAUCAUAUGGAGAUAUUCCAGUUGCCUUGAAUCGCAACUCCAUUACUUACAGAAGCUGCCUUGCCCCAAACCUUUCCUAUCAAAGUAAAAACGUUACGUCUGUUAAGUUUACUUUUUAUAUGACUGAGCAUCCAUGCCUUCGCCUCCUGUGCAAAGUACGUUUUAAGGGGCUUAAAGAAAGACUUACAAGAGGCUGUAAUGCUUGCGUUGUAUGGCUCGGAAGAUAUAAAAGUACAACGUCGUUUUGCUUAACCAAUUUCAAUAGUUCAUUGGGAUGCAUGCCCGUCCAAUGUUAAUAACGCUUUACCCAUGCCACCUUUUCUGGGAAUAAAAUAUUCUUGAAACCAUUUCAUCAACAAAUCACUGUUGAUGUAUGAAGUUUUCUGAUUCAUGUAAACGCUGGAACCUGGAGACAGCCCUGCGAAUUCUGGCUUGAUGUACUUUCCUUUCAUUAUCAACACCCUAAAAAGUUAUUUUUCACAACAGUAGCAAUUGCACAACAAAACUUGAUGCAUCUAAAUGAAGCAGCUCUACCGAGUAACACGGUGCUAUAAGCAUUCAAAACGGGGGGAGUUAUAAGCCUGGGCGUUUUACACCACUUUACCUUAAGGGGGAAUAUUCCAGAUUCAUCGGUAUAAUAUAAUAAAAUUUUAGUCAGCCCGAUUUUAUACUUCACAUAAAACGGUAAUGAAUCAAUAAAAGUGCUUGAUUCAUUUUCAUUUAAAAAAUGUAUUGUACGAAAUUUUCAAUUACCCUAAAAUAAAUUACCUACAAAGUAGCCGGGAUUUUCUGCAUGAGUGGUUGGUAGCAACCUCCUACAAACUUGGCCAAAUUCCAAAUAAACAUCUUCAUUUACCUUUUUUUUAAUAGUCGUCUUUGUUUUCUAUAUCUACAUUUUCUUUUUUCGCCUGAAACAUUAGACCUAGGACUAUUACAUAAUUCAACCCUAGAGUACCAGACCGUCGUAAAUGUUACGAUAACUUAUAUUGAAACAAAACACUCUAUAGCUCAAUACACACAACAAUCAGCGCGAGUUUUUUGCAUUCAUGCAAUAAAUUAGUUGUCAUUCUUCUUUUUUUAUUGGGGCAAUAAAAGGAAGUAGUAAGCUUCAUUUAUAAUUGAGUCGGUGUAUCUUCUGGCAUAUCUUGAUUUAAAAUAAAAGAAAUAUCUUGUAAAUUUGGUCUUCUUAAACUAUUGCAUCGUUUUCUGACUUGUAACCAGGGCUUUAUAAAUUCUUUACUCAUUUCGAGCAUAAAAUUUCUAUUGUUUACCUUAUUACUGUUGAAGUUAUAAAUUACGAAAGAGUUGGUUGCAGCAAUAUUUAACAUAUUGUAAAAAAUUGUCAAUGGCCAGCGUCUAGUCUUCCUAUUGCAGUUCAUAUUUGAACAUAAUUGGUCAAAUGUGUCAACACCACUUUUGGUAGCGUUAUAAUCUCUGGUUUAUUUGUUGUUGGAUUUAACACUGCACCUUUAUGCAUAGUCGACAGUAGCAGUACCAAUUUAUUCCUCUUCGGUAUAAAUGAGACAAGCGUUUUACUUUUGUCAAAACAAAUCAUUGAUGUACCAAGCUCACGAUUUUUUGCCUUCAACAUUUCCGGAGGUAUUUGCCUUUUGUUUUUCCUAAUAGUGCCUAAUAUAGUUAACCUCGGAACAGAUCCUAAACUGGUGCGCUUGGUCUCAGAGACCCAUCACAAUAUAUCGUGUUUUACAAAAAAAAAUCUCCAUGGGUUAAUGAGAAAAAAAUACAUCUUUUUAAUGACAAACGUUAUAUUAAAAAAAUUGUUUAAAUAAACAAAACCACAAACUUAUUGUUUAAAUAUUUGUUAGUAAAAAAUGACACAUAUCCUAAAAACCGCAAAUAAAAAACAAUAUAACACAUUCUAGUAAAACAUUGUAAAAAUAUAAAAAAAUAGAUUUUAUUAAUUUAUUGCAGUUUCUGAACACUAAGUAUGGAUAUGACUGAGGCACACAAAUUAUUACAGUUUUUGUUUUUGAUUCUUUUUUAAUAAGAAACAUCUUUUUCUAGUCUCUGGUUGGAUGUCUUCAUCUAUAGAGGUUUCUCCUGUUCGAGCAACUUAUUGCCUCCUUUGUCUUACCGUUCUGAGAACAUUUUGUCUGCUUUAACCUUCAAGCGGGCGCGCGGUCUUUUGUAACGGGAGCGGGCGCGCGUAACCGAAUAGACCUAUUUAUUAUUAUUAUUCUUUUUACAGUCUAAUUUGUCGUAAAAAAGUAAUCAAAAGAAUGAAAAAGAAACAAUAAUUAGAUUAGAUUAACAUAACUCAAAUAUUAUUUGAAUCAAAACAAAAAUUAGGAACACAAAACAUUUUUACAAAUCUCUGACUAGUUUAUAAUUAUAAAAAUUACAUACACUAAAAUAGAUACACAACCACAAGUUAAAUUAUAAAUUAUAAAGCUCGUUCAUCAGCUCUUCUGCUAAUUCAACAGACGUAAACCAUGGUCCGUGGUUAUAUUUCUGUUGGUACCGCGAAUAAUUGCUGUUAAAUGUUUCACAUAGUAAUUAGCUAAAGACAGACCUCCGUAAUAAGUUUUCUUUCCUAAAUAUGGCUCGGCAUUUAUCAUAUAUUUUAUUGAGGAAUCACAAGUCAUCACAAGCUUCAGUGCUUAGGCGGUUUAAUAGGAAUAUACAUUCUGACUGCACAUCGACUACGGAAAUAUAACAAUUGUUCAUCAAUUGUAAUGUAAUCAAAAUAUCCCAAAUUCCACAACUGUUGCAAAUGGAUCGUUUUGUAAUCUUUCUGUGCGAGUAAGUUUGUUAUCAAACCGUGAGUGAUCCAAGAGAAACCGAAAACGAGAGCUACUCAUUGUUGCCUUGUACAAACUCCCCGAAAGAUUGCGGUCAAAUAACUGCUUGCCAUUCAUAUUAUUGUUUUUCAAAGCAGCUGUAAGAAUCAAUAAACCCAAAAGAGCCAGAAUUUCUUCUUUAAAUGUCUGUAAUUCAUUCUUUUGUUUUGUAUUUGGCUGCCUUACGCGAAAUUUCUUGAUUUGUAAAUUUAAUUAUUUUUUCAACUAUGCCAUCAUUUAUAAAAUGCAAAAAAUUUCUUUAGGAUGUAAAAGAUUCUUAGCUGCACCCUUCGGCUCUGGGUAGAUACCUUUUUUGAUUGUAAAGGUGAUAUUGUUGAGCAUCUAUGCUUGUUUUUACCCUUCAAUUGUGUUUUGCCAGACAGUGGAAUAUUAUCCUCUUAAUCUCAGUUUGACUCUACAAUUUUAUUAUUUGAAUCAAUCUCUUCAACUAGAAUAAAGUCGUCCACGUCCAAAAGAUUAGGUCCGUUAUUGUCUUCUAAAUCAUUACUAUCCUCAUUAUCCCUACCAUUCAUUAUUUUUUCGACUUCAGCUGCAAUUUCUGCAUCAGUAAGAUGUCGAUUAUAUCCAUAAUUUGAUGUGGUUCUCCUCACCCCAAAAUGCAAAAGAAACACUCACCUUUUACUUUAACAACAAAAAAAAACACUCACCUUUUACUUUAACAACAAAAAAAAUAGUAUUACCCAAGAAACCAGCAGGCUGCUCCGAUAAGGUUUGUUUUUUGUAGAUGCACUGGAACUGUACUGUACUGGGCUAGUGAAGGUCAGUUCAUGGGUGUAUAGAUUUAAUUCAAUCGGAUAUAAAGAACAAUAUAGUGCAGAGAGCUAUGAAGUAUUUGUUGAUUGUUGUAUUUGAGGUUAUUUGAUGUGAUUCAGGUCUUUUAGUAUUAACAAUAAUGGAAAACGAUUUAGUACUUUUUGAUAUUUGACAUUCGUCCGAUGACGAAGAUGUAGUGCUACCGUUUUCAGAAUUGUUAUAUGAGAAUAAUAAUGAUAAGAAAAAAUAAAUAAAUAAAUGUAAAAUAGUUAAUAAAAUAGAAAUAUACAUUGAAUCUUAUCUAUUAAUUGAUUUUUUUAGAAAACAAUGGGUUAAUAUAUUUAAUACAUCCCGUUUAUCGAAUAGUUGGAAGAGUACAGCACAUCAAAGUUGCUAAUUAUAUAGAAAAUAUAAUUAGAAAUUACAUUAAAAAAGAUUUUUGAUUACACUGUCUUGCACUGCACUGACUGAACUGACCUAGUGCAAGCAGUACAGUGAACUGGGUGAACUAUUUUUCUGACUGAACUGACACUAGCGCUAGUUCUGCUACAAAGAACGCUUUAGUGUACACUUCCUGAACUAGUUCUGCCAUUGCAACUGCCAAGAACAAAUCUAUGAAUAAGUUCGCGGGGAGGAGUAAAAUUGCUCGUGCGUUCGUGUAAAUAAUACGACGGUCUGGUACUCUAGGGUUAAUAACUAGUGUCUUGGGCAACCGAUUGAUAAUAGCAACCUGUGCAAGUGCUCCAUAGUCCAUGGGGGAAAUCUGUGCUACGUCUAUAAACAAAACAAUGCAUACAUUUUUAUUUUCUUCUUUCCUGUUAUCGAUGCAAAUGCAAUCUUUAAUUUUGUCUAUAGACGUACAUUUAUACUAUAUCGACGUCAAUUAAAUAAAAUUUUUCAAUUCUUGGGAAUUCUAAUUUAAUUAUUAUGUAAUUAUUUUUGUUAACCCUCGAUCACUCGAACGGUUUUUAGCCUCGCGAUCACUCGCGGGGUGUUGUGUGGUAACCCACAUAGUUAAAGUGCAUUUUUAUUUAUAUAAUAUCAAUUAAUGGAAUCAUUAUUUUCAGCUCUGUCUCGCCAGCAACGCAAAGUCGAGAAAUUGCAUUUAAAAAAUGCCAACAUUAGGUGCCAAUUUCAAAAAUUAGAUGCUCUAUAAUUUUCACAUAAACGGAAUACUCAAAGUUGCAGUGCUAGGAAAACGUGAUGCUAAGACUUUCAUAACACCUAACGUAACAUAACUUAACCUAAUCUUAGAUUAGGUUAGGUUGGGUGUUAUAAAAGUAGAAGCCGCCCGAGGUGUAACAUAUAAGGAAUUUAAUACAUAUAUACUAAAAAUAAAAAAAUUAACUCGUUUAUCAAUAAUUAUUUGGACACUUUCACGAUAUUCAUUCUUCAACACCAUAUUUUAUUACCUUAACAAUCAAUGUAUUGUAUUUUCAUUGCGUUGCUAGCAUCACGUGUUUCUAGCACCGCAACUUUGAGUAUUCCGUUACUGAGAAAAUUACAGAACACCUAAUUUUUGAGCCUGGCACCUAAUUUUGGCAUUUUUUAAAUGCAAUUUCUCGACUUUGCGUUGCUGGUGAGACGGAACUAUUAUUUUGUAUUGUAUGACGUAUGUAAAUAAAAUGAAUUUUAUAAUCAA